CCCCCUGACUGGGGUGGAGAGUCUCUUCUGCAGGCUACAGAGGGAGAAGAAGAGGAGUGAGGGACAGAGGAAUAGUUUCCAUCAGCCACGGAGCUCAGCGCAGGGCCACCUCCACUCACAGAGCGAACCACGCCCUGGGGGACAGGGGAGACUGUGGGCCCCCAAGCGUCCGAACUCCUGGUAGGCCUAUGGAAGGGGGGAUGGACGAUGAAGAGGAGUUUUAGUUAGGGCACAGGUUGACAAGAUGAAGUUCGGGAAGAGCAUCUGCGUGCUCAACGUAGGGGGAACCCGGUACGCCUUCACCCGUGAGGUGAUCAGGGAUUUCCCUCUCCGGCGCGUCAGCCGUCUGCAUGCCUGCGCAACCGAGAAAGAGGUUCUUGAACUGUGCGACGACUACGACCGGGACCGGAAUGAGUUUUUCUUCGACCGCCACGCGCAAGCUUUCGUGUUCAUCAUGCUGUACGUGCGCUCCGGUAAACUCCGCUUUGUCCCCGGAGUGUGUGAGCUGUCCUUCUACACAGAGAUGCUCUACUGGGGACUGGAGAGCUCGCACUUGGACUCAUGCUGCCAGAAACGCCUGGACGACAGGAUGUCCGAGAUCGGACUGGACAGUCUGUCCGAGGCAGACAUCAAAGUGUCGGAGGAUGGGUCCCUGAGCCCGGGCGAGUCGGUGCAACGGACUGCGCUCGCCGGUCGCGCUAGAUGGGUCGAGAAGAUGCGCAGGGCAUUCGAGGAGCCCAACUCUUCGCUUGCGGCACAGCUUUUGGCUUCAGUGUCCGUGAUCUUUGUGAUCGUUUCUAUGAUAAUGCUGUGUGCUAGCACCCUGCCAGACUGGGAUACAGCCAAGAGAAAUACUGUGGAGGAGCACAGGAUAGUGGAGGCAGUGUGUAUUGGCUGGUUUACAGCAGAGUGCAUAGUGCGCUUUCUGGUGGCCAGGAACAAGUGGGACUUUCUCCGCAGGCCGCUGAACAUCAUCGAUGUGAUUGCCAUCACCCCCUACUAUGUAACCAUGGCGAUGGCGCGGGCAGGGAUGCCAAGUGCCGGCCUCGGGGUUGUUGGGGUGAUAUUGCGGGUGCUGAGGAUGAUGCGAGUGUUCUGGCUCAUGAAGCUGGCUAGACACUUCCUGGGCCUGCAGACACUGGGGCUGACGCUCACACGCUGCUACCGGGAGAUGGUCAUGCUGAUGGUGUUUGUCUGCGUCGCCAUGGCGAUAUACAGCGCUCUGGCCCAGCUGCUGGAGCACGGCUUGGACUUGGGAACGCAGAACCCGGAUUACGCCAGCAUCCCAGCCGCCGCCUGGUGGGUCAUCAUUUCCAUGACGACGGUGGGGUACGGGGAUGUGUACCCUGUGACAAUUGGGGGACGGGUGCUUGGGGGAAUGUGUGUAGUGAGCGGCAUUGUUCUCCUUGCACUGCCCAUCACAUUCAUCUACCACAGUUUUGUACAGUGCUACCAUGAACUCAAACUCCGCUCUGCCAGAUACGCACGCAGCCUGUCAGCAGAUAUACUGCAAUGAAAAUGCAUUUAUACAAAAACACCGGUGGCCCUGCAUAUAUUUGAAAGAAACUCAACAAACCAGUGGACCCUGCUGAUCCCAUUGUGAAAUAAUGAUCAAUUUUGUGCCCUGCCCAUAUUCCUGCCUGAGCUGCACCUGAUUUUAUUGGCCUGUCUUGUUCCUGCCUGUUGUGUUGAUGAUCUCCAAUCAUUGUCUUCAACCAGCAUGCUCUGUCUCCUUAACGACAUCACUUGGGAAGAAGAAUAGGAAUGCACACUUAAUUAUUUAUUAAACACACACAGGCACAGUCAAUCCAGUUUUGACAGUGGCUGCUGUUUACACGGUAUUCCCAUGGUUACAACAUUGGCAGAGACGGUUGCUUUUUUGUGUGCUGCAUCAAGUGUUGUGCGUGUGUGUGUGUUUGUUUGUGUGGCUGUCAGCCUUUCACUUUGUCUAAGCUUUGCACCCAGAUGGUACAAGUUACACAAGACUGAUGUGUGACAUAGAUGCAUUCUGUUAAACUUGUGAAACAUAAAGGAGUGAACAGGUGAGUGCAAAGUGGGGAUUGAGAAGGGGUAUACAGAGGGCUUAGUGUGUAGGAGGGGCUUAAGCCAGGGAUCAUAGAAUAUGGAGACAGGUCAGCAAGGGCGACAGAUAUGACAGGGCAGAUGGAGCGUGAAAUGUAGUAUAAAAGAUUAUGGGACAAAAAUGACAGAAUGUGGAGCAAGCCUGAGCACAACGAAUGAAUAGACAGAGUGUGUAUUGCCUCUCCAUUUAUGAGUGAAUGCUAGGCAUUUUGUAUUUCUGCGUCUCCAAGGUAACCUCAUCCUCCUACAUGUCAAUCAUAAUGAUUUGUGUGCACACAAAUAGGCCACAUCCACGCUCAAUUCCUGGCUGGCACGCAGCACUUUUGUUCUGCGAUUACUGGUAAAAUGACAUCACAGGAUUACUUGAAAUUACUAAAAAAUAUUUAAAAAAACGAGUGGGGGGAAAAAAAGAACAGUAGAGGAUGUCACAGAUGAUGGUUCUGACAUUCGUGAUUCAGAUAUGUUUGGUAAGAUGAUAUGAUUUGUUGAAGAGACACAUGAUCCAAACAAACAAGUCAACACCUCUCCCACACAACAGUCUUUCUCUGCAUCUCCUCUCCUCUUCCUCCUGUUGCCAUCAACCAUCCUCUUUUUACGCAUGCACACAUACACACACACGCUCUUCUGUUACAAAUGAAAUUAAAUUAUUCAAUUAAUGAGUGUGAGUCUGUUCAUUAUCUGUCUGUCCUUAAAUUUAAAUUCUACAUUUGUUAUUUUCUUAUAAACUGCAGCCUUGUAUGAGUUUAGUAUCAGUAUCAGAGCUGUGUUAUCAAUGUGUUUUUUAAGUAGUAGAACAGUCACAAAAAUGAAAGAUAAUAAAUAUUUUAUUAUCUUACUUACAACACAUCAUGUUCAAUUCGUGUGCUUGUAGCCCAGUGAAUUUUGCCCAGGCCUGAUUGAAACCAUCAAUCAAAAGUUUUUCAUUAGUAUACUAUGGACUUGUAAUUAAUGUGAUGAAUGUAUGAGCUUUUAUAAUAAAAUUACUCCCAGCAAAA